GAGUGAGGGGUGUCCCGGGGUGCGGACUGGGAGUGAUGGGCCUGGUUGGGAUCAGUCUCGGGUUCCUUGUUGGGAUCCUCCCUGCUGUGCUGGCCAUGAAGCUGGAGGAUACCUUUCGGAGCACUACACCCACCAACAACCUGCUAGUGGUGGGGGGUCCACAGCAAGGCCAGGGCCUGGACCCCCAGCCCCAGGUGUACGUGGGGGCUGUCAAUGCAGUGUACCAGCUGGGUCCAGGCCUGAUGCUGGAGGCCUGGGUGAAGACGGGGCCUGUGAAGGACAGCGCUUUGUGCCAUGCCUCACAGCUGCCUCAGAACAACUGCGAGCACCCCCGCAGAUGGACAGACAACUACAACAAGCUGCUGGAGGCUGACCAUGCCCAGGGCCUGCUGGUGGUCUGUGGAUCCGUUCACCAGGGCUUCUGCCAGCUCCGGGCCCUGGCUAACAUCAGUUGCUUAGCGGUGCAGUUCCCACCGGCAGCUGGCACGGACCUGGUCUUCCCCAGCAUGCUGUACGUGGCCGCCAACCACCCUGAGGCCUCCACUGUGGGACUGGUGCUCCGAGGCCCAGGGACGGGGUCAGACCCUGGGAGUCGAUUACUGGUGGCCACCACCUACACGGGCCUGGGCACCCGCUACUUCCCGACCAACAACAGCCGCGAGGACCUGAGGUUUGAGAACACACCUGAGAUCGCCAUCCGUGCCCUGGAUACGGGCCGUCUCUCACGCCUCUUCACCUAUGACAUCAACCCAUCUGAAGACAAUGUCUUUAAGAUCAAGUUCGAGGCUAAGGCCAGGAACCGGCUGAGUUUUGUCAGGGCCUUUGGCCAUGGGGCCUACACCUACCUUGCCCUCAACAAUGACGCCAAUUCGGGCAGCAAGGGCGGGCGCCCCCGUAGCCUGCUGGCCCGCAUCUGCGCCGGGGCCCAGGGCCCUAGAGGUACCGAAAGCCGCAAACUGACUGAGUCGUACAUCCAGCUGGGCCUGCAGUGCAGUUCGGGCCUUAGGCUUUACAGCCGCCUGGUGUCGGUGUGGGCCGGGCCUGCCCAGAACCUGUAUGGCCUGUUUGAGAGGCCCGAAUCCGGGAGGGGGGACACAGCCCUCUGCCUGUUCAGCUUCCCGGACAUCGAGCAGCGGAUCCGCGGGGCCAGGAGAAAGUGCUUCGAGGAGGAUCACAGCCAGGAGGUGACAGUGCUGGACAGUGUGAUCCAGGGGAGCGGACCAGCCUGUGUUCGCCGCAACAUCACGCUGCAGAAUGAACAGUUGGACUGUGGAGCCGCUCACCUCCAGCAUCCGUUGUCCAUAACAAAGCCUCUGACAGCCCAGCCCAUCUAUGCAGACAGGGGCCUUACCUCGGUGGCAGUGUCCAGUGUGAAUAACCACACUGUGGUGUUCCUGGGCACGGUCAGCGGACAACUUCUGAAGCUCAGUCUGUGCAGUGACCAGUCAAUCGGGAAGAGAGAAGUGCUGCAUGUGGCACCAGGCGAGGCUGUGCAUCACAUCAUGCACUUUGACCCCGCGGAUCAGAGCUACCUCUACGUCAUGACUACAUACCAGGUUAGUCGGGUGAAGGUUGCCACAUGUGGCCAGUACCGGACCUGCCAGGAGUGCCUCGCAGCAGACGAUGCCCACUGUGGAUGGUGUACCCUGGAGAGCAGGUGUUCCCUGCAGCAGGACUGUGUCAAUUCCACCGAGCCAUUGUUCUGGACCAGCCUGAGCUCCGGCGUGCAGCAGUGCCCCAGCAUGAAUAUUGUACCGUCAGAGAUCGAUGCCGCGAGUGCGGCCCAGCAGAACAUUGGAAUCACCAUCCAUGGGAAUGUGCCCCAGCUGAUCGGAAGAGACGUCUAUUGUGUUUAUGGGGAUGAGGAGAAGACCCCAGUCACUGUCUAUGAAAAUAACUCCAGUCAAUCCCAAUUAGUUCACUGCCCUUUCCUAAAGAAGGAUAAAUACUCCACAUUCCUGGUGGACAAAGAUCAUGCUCUGUUGACGGUCGCGAUUGAGGUGUUGAAUCAACCGAUCAUGUGGGGAAAUGUAACCAUCUACAAUUGUGAGAAAACAGGACAGGUUUACCCCAAAACAGCGUGCAGAAGCUGUCUCCAGACCAAAUGGGCCUGUUCCUGGUGUGUGACUGAGCACCGGUGUGUGUCAGACAGAGUGCAUUGUAAUGGGGUGUCACUGGGUACACUACACCAGAACUUCAACCAGUGCCCACAGGCCAUACCAACAUACAUUGCCCCAGUACCAACAGGGUCUACACGGGACAUUAUGGUCUCCCUGGUCAACAGUCAAUUGCUUGAGGGUACCCGCCUACACUGUGAGAUUAGUCAUCGGCAAUACCAAGCACAUUGGCUCAACAGCUCCCGGGUACUCUGUGAGGAUGUCAUGCUGUCGACGACGAACAGGAGCCACUUAUUUCCAGUGCAGCUGAGGCUGAGCGGGGACCAUAGGUUUAUCGACAAUCCAAGCACCGUCUCAGUGGAGGUUUAUAACUGUGAGAUUGGGAGAUCUGACUGUUCUGCUUGUUGGGGCCGAGUAGACCGCGGUCAUCACUGUGUCUGGUGUGCGAGCACAAGGAGCUGUAAACUACAGACUGAGUGUAAACAAAUCGAGACGACCUGCUCUGCUCCGAAGAUUCAGCAGAUAGAGCCACUGACUGGUCCUGUAGCUGGAGGGACCCUCCUCACAAUACAAGGCCAGAACCUGGGCCGUAGGUUCAGUGACAUUGCCAAGGGCGUGCGCAUUGGUGAAGUGGCAUGUAUCCCCAUACAGGACAGCUACAUCGUCUCUGAGCAGAUUGUGUGCAACACAAAUGGAGCUAAUCAAGAGUUUACAGAUUCCGUGACAGUAAAGGUCCAGAAGGAAGGCCACUCCAGCCAGAAAUUCUCUUUCCUGUUUCCAGAGAUUGACACACUUUAUCCAGAUCAAGGACCCAAAGCUGGGGGCACCACGAUUACCAUCAAUGGCAUCAACUUACACAUCGGUUCUGUCCUGAGGGUCCUUGUCAAUGGCUCAAAGGAUUGUACAAGUUUAAAACGGACAGGCAGGUCAAUUGUCUGUGUGAUGCCACCAUUGUCCAAUGCUGAGACUGCUGUUCCAAUAUGCGUGCAGUUUGAGAAGAAACAUUGCAUCAAGAAGAACCUGACCUUCUGGUACAGGGAAAACCCAUUGAUUGAAAGCAUUAGCCCCAACACCAGCUACGUCAGUGGUGGAAGGCGAAUUACAGUCACUGGACAGAGGUUCCACUUAGCUCAAACCAUCCACAUGGUUAUCGAAGACGGUGGAAAAGUACAGUCAGUCUGUGCCAUCGAGAGUGACUCCAUGCUAACAUGUCCAUCACCUCCCUACUCAGUUUCCACGGUGAAUGUUCACUUUGACAUUAAUGGGAUUCGCUACAAAAAAGCAAGUCUGACGCGUGCCAGUGCAGCCUUUAGAUUGCACUAUUACAAUGACCCCCAUUUCUACCGCAAAGAGAAACUGAUUAAACACCAUAAGGGAGAGCCACUCACCCUGGUGAUUGAGAAAGUACAAGAUAACUUGAACCUGGCACCAGAAGAGUAUAAAGUGAUGAUUGGCUCCUUCCCCUGUGAUCUCUAUGUUGUGAAGGGAAAGAUUCACUGUUCGGUGAAUGUCUCUCUGGAGUCCGAUGAGAGACAGUUACCAGUGUCGGUACACGUGGGGAAAUACAACGAGACCAUUGCAAUGGUUCAGUUGAGUGAGAGCGACUUUUCUAUCAUCAUGUCCAUUGUGGUGUGUGUUGUGUUGCUGCUGGCCUGUGCCAUUGCUCUGGUCGUUUUUUGCACAAAGAGCAGACGUGCGGAGCGAUAUCGGCAGAAGACUCUGCUCCAGAUGGAGGAGAUGGAGGCUCAGAUCAGGGAGGAGAUCCGGAAAGGUUUUGCCGAGUUACAGACCGACAUGACGGACCUGACGAAGGAGUUAAACCGUAGCCAGGGAAUCCCGUUCCUGGAGUACAAAUACUUUGUCAUCCGUACAUUCUUCCCAAAGUGCUCCAUAGAUACUGAAAGCCAGAGCUCAGAGCGUUUCCACCAGCUGACCUCUCAGUCCCGCAUUGCAGCCAUUUCUCCGAGCCCUCCAGAGAGCCACCCACUGCUACAGCCUGAUUGGAAGGUUCCUGAAAACUGUCGCCAGAACAUGGAGGAAGGGAUCAGCCUCUUCUCACUGCUCCUCAACAACAAACAUUUCCUUAUUACCUUUGUCCAUGCUCUUGAACAGCAGAAGGAUUUUGCAGUACGGGACAGGUGUAAUUUGGCUUCUUUACUGACCAUCGCACUGCACGGGAAGCUGGAAUACUACACCAGCAUCAUGAAGGAGCUGCUCGUCGACCUCAUCGAUGCGUCAGCCUCCAAGAACCCCAAGCUAAUGUUACGGCGGACGGAGUCGGUGGUGGAGAAGAUGCUCACCAACUGGAUGUCCAUCUGUAUGUACAGCUUCCUCAAGGACACUGUGGGAGAGCCUUUCUUCUUAUUACUGUGUGCCAUGAAGCAGCAAAUAAACAAAGGCUCAGUGGAUGCCAUUACAGGAAAAGCUCGAUACACCCUGAAUGAAGAGUGGCUCCUCAGGGAGAAUAUUGAAGCGAGACCGAUGAACCUCAAUGUGUCUUUCCAAGGCUGUGGAAUGGACUCCAUCACAGUCCGUGUCAUGGACAGUGACUCCAUCAGCCAAAUCAAGGAGAAGAUUCUGGAAGGAUUUUACAAAAAUGUGCCUUUCUCUCAGUGGCCCAGAGUAGAAGAUGUGGAUCUGGAGUGGUUUGCAUCAAGUAGUGACAGCAGGAUCCUGCGGGACCUAGACAACACGUCUGUGAUGGAGGACGGCCGAAAGAAGCUCAACACCCUGGCUCAUUGCAAGGUCCCUGAUGGAGCAUCAUUGGCCAUGAGCUUGAAGGACAAGUGGGAUGGUACACUCGGACGAGUAAAGGACUUGGACACUGAAAAAUACUUCCAUUUGGUCCUUCCAAAUGAUGAACUCGUUGAAACAAAGAAAUCUCACAAGCACAGUCACCGCAAGAAAGUUUUACCAGAGAUUUACCUGACCAGGCUGCUCUCCACCAAGGGCACGCUGCAGAAGUUCCUGGACGAUUUGUUCCGAGCUGUGCUCAGUAUCCAAGCAGUGAAACCUCCAUUUGCAGUGAAAUAUUUUUUUGAUUUUCUGGAGGAGCAGGCUGAGAAACGAGGCAUCACUGAUCCGGACACCCUGCACAUCUGGAAAACCAACAGCUUGCCGCUGCGUUUUUGGGUGAAUAUCCUGAAGAACCCGCAAUUUGUUUUCGACGUGGAAAAGACUGACCAUAUGGAUGCCUGCCUGUCUGUCAUAGCCCAGGCAUUCAUUGACGCCUGCUCCAUUUCUGACCUGCAGCUGGGCAAGGAUUCACCAACAAAUAAACUCUUAUAUGCAAAGGAAAUCCCAGAGUACAAGAAAGCUGUGCAGAGAUAUUACAGAGAGAUCCAGGAAAUGAUCACAUUGAGUGAACAGGAGAUGAAUGCUCACCUGGCAGAGGAAUCUCGGAAAUACCAAAAUGAGUUCAACAAUAAUUUUGCCAUGGCUGAAAUCUACAAAUAUGCCAAGAGAUAUCGCUGCCAGGUGAUGCAUGCGUUGGAAUCAAACUCGCUGACCAGACGCAUGCAAUUCCAACACAAGUUUGAGCAAGUGAUUGCAUUAAUGGAGGACAAUAUUUAUGAAUGUUGUAGUGAAGCCUAGCUGAAGGAGGCUGACUGACUGAGUACAUUAUCCCCUACACCUCCUAACACUGACAACUUUUGAUAGACUGGCUCCCAUGCCAGCUAAUGCUGUUCGAUACCAUCCCACCCCACUGAUGUGAAACGAACUAUGUGGUAGACCUGGCAGUGACGAUGGGCAUGGAGGAUACUGGCCAGUGAACAGACCCUGACGGCCAGUGAUGUCAACAGAUAGUGCCACACAUUGCAGACGUCACCUCCGUGUCUGAUAGGUGGUCAACCAGUGCACCAAGGGAAUGGCAAGGAUAGGGUGUUCUUUGAAAAGUGUGAGGGUGUGGGGUGAUGUGAUGGUUGCUGUCUUCAGCCUGAGAGCAACUGCAUCAGGCAGGCCUCUGGGAGCACAGUCCAAUCCCAAUCGGAGGGCAGCAGCAACUGGCAGGUGCUGAGGUGGGGUGGGGUGUGUGCCAGUCCAUCAUUAGUGUGGAACCAGGAUAAAAAGGAGGGUAGAAACUGUACUCAGAGUGGGCGUCGAUAAUCUCAGGGUCCGAUCAAUUGGGAAUGGGGGAGUCAUCCUUUGACAGCCCCUUCCUUCUCAGGGAUUCACUCCAGAUCUUAGAGGGAGGGGGGGCUGCAUUACGAUAGGUUUUGGGGUGGGGGAUGGUGUUGGUAUUACUGUAUAGAUGAGGCAUUCUCAGUGUUGCACAGGGUCAGAUCAGUUUGAUGUGUUUCCCAAUUGAAGGCUGGGAACUUAGAUUCUAAUGUUAGACAUGUUUAGUUGCUUCCAAACUGUGUAUUGGGAGGUGGGUCGGGGUCGGGGUUGGGGGUGGGUCGGUGGUCUAUGUUUAAUUUUACUGAUGUGACUGAUUAAACCUAAUGUACCUAACUACUGACAACUUACUAACCAAAGUGGUUUAAUGUGUACUAAUGGGGCUGGUUUUCCAAGGAGUGGGGAGGGUCCCAUAAUGGGAACGGGAUUUCUGCGCUCCAAUAGGAUGGGAAACACAGGAGGCGGCCUCCCGGAUCAGGACUGCCCCUCAGCCUCAGACCCCUGUGUUCAUCCCAGGAUCAGACUAGGGCAGCAGGUGUGGGCGGUUCUGCAGCUAGUGUAAUGCAGACAUUUUGGGUUAGCUCAUCCCCAUUCCCACCAGCAGACAGGAAUGGUGUCUUCCCAACAUAAGACAACCAGGAAACCAAAUGGAAGGCCAUCACUUCAUUCAAGCCAUAGAGGUUCCUUGGAAAGCCAGAGGCUGAGGCCUUCAUAUUUUCCAGGACAAAGCAUAUCUUAAGAAUAUCAAACAGGAACCUGGCCUACUUGCUAGUAUGAGUGGGUCCAUUAUGCAGCUGGAGUGGCCAUCUCCCAAGUCAGGAAAGGCCUCUCUGUAAUAGUCAGGAUCCACUCCUGGAUCAAGGUGAAUUUAUCAGAUUGUAUAGGACCUCCAUUUGGAAAGAUAUGAAUGCCAGCAGAAUGAUUAAUGUUUUCCCUCAGGCAAUCUAGAACUGGGUGAGGACCUCCAUUUAAGAAUAAAGCGGGGGUCUUUCUUUUUAAGACUGAGAUGAGGAGGAAUUCCUUGUUGGAGAUUCAGGAAUCCUCUUCUACAGUGGAGGCUGGGUCAUUUCCAAUGUGUUAGACCAUUCUGAUGGACCAGGAUGUGGAGAACAGUUGGGGUGGGGUGGUGGUGGGGUGGACCACUGAAGCUCAAAUCAGAGCAAUUUGAUUGACCAUUGGAGCAGGCUUGAAGGGCUGAAUAGCCUCCUCCUAGCUCUUGUUUCUGAUGUGUUCCUGUAUGCACGUGCAUUUUAUUUAACCUUUUUGUUUGUGAAUCAACUGUUCAGAGAUUUUAUUGUACACCUCUGGAGAAGGUGGGACUUGAAGCUGGCUUCCCAGCAGAGGGAUAAGAACUCUACCAUAGUGCCAUUUUAUGCAACCAUUGUGCAGUUGUGCUAAGAUGCACUGAGCUGGGGUAAAUUGGCUUGGUGUAGAUAAUGGCUUUAAGCUUUUGUUUUGCAGUUCAAAGGGUGACCGAACUCUCACCACUGUUACGUGCCACUGAUUGGUGGAUAGAUGGCAUUGGAAAAAUGGGUCCUAAAAAUCAGUGGAACACCCUGCCAGGGAUAGUGUGGACAUCAUUUCAAUGCAUCAGACCAGCUUUGUAAGACUUUCUUGCUAAUAAAUUUCUU